AUGUACUGCGGGCACAAACAGCAGAAACACGCGCCAAAGUGUCGCCAACAUCUAUGGAAAUGUCCCAAAUGUCCCACAAAUGUUAUGGGGAGCGAUAUGGAGAGCAGUGAUGAUGGUUCGGAUAGUUGUGGCGGUGGUCCUGAUUUGGGUGGUGAUAGUGAGAGCGGUACCAAUCAACCAAUUGAACCAAUAGUUCCGAAAUACAGACCACAGGUCUACGAAACAGUUGAUAUUUGGCGCCAUUGGAAGCACGUGUCGGGAAGCGGAGCCAAAUCGAUAGUCGAGUGUAUGUAUUGCGGGCACAAACUGCAGAAACACGCGCCAAAAUGUCGCCGACAUCUCAUGAAAUGUCCCAAAAAUGUUAAGAAUAUGGAUAACAGUGAUACUGAUAGUUGUGGCGGUAGUUCUGCUUUUGGUGGUGAUAGUGAUAGCGGUGCCGAUCAACCAAUUGAACCAAUAGUUCGACAAUACAGACCGCGUGUCUUCACACCAGUCGAUAUUUGGCGCCAUUGGAAGCACGUGUCGGGAAGCGGAGCCACAGCGGUAAUGCAGUGUAUGUACUGCGGGAACAAACAGCAGAAACACGCGCCAAAGUGUCGCCGACAUCUCAUGAAAUGUCCCAAAAAUCCUAAGAAUAUGGAUAACAGUGAUAAUGAUUUGGAUAGUUGUGGCGGUGGUCCUGAUUUUGGUGGUGAUAGUGAUAGCGGUGCCGAUCAACCAAUUGAACCUAUAGUUCGACAAUACAGGUCACGGGUUUGUAAAUCAGUUGAUAUUCACGACCUCUUGGAUGAGUUGAGUGAUGAGAAUAAGAGACUUUUAGACGAAUUAAAAUUCGCUCAAAAAUACAUUGAAUUUAUGCAAAACUAUAGAAAAUGUGUUUUAGUUUAUAAGCGAAAGUGUGUUUGCAUUCAAACCAUCGAUCAUAAGCCGAUUGUCCAGCGAUUGGAGACCAGUUAUGAAGACAUUAAGACACAAAUAUCUCGAAGCCGUAAUGCGGGGGCUAAGAGCGCUGAUGUGGAGGAAGAGGUGACCGAACGCAAGAAAAACAGACCACUCAUUGCAUUUAUCAAUACAUUUAAUCCGAGCGUUGAUUUGGACGACAGCCAGAAGGUGGCCACCGAUGACGACCAGCAGUCGGUUGGCGAUGAUUUCGGUGCCGACGACAACAUCGACAGCGGAAGUGAUUAUAACUUCGAUCCGUUCGUCGAUCCGAAAGACAAGAAGAAGAUCCACGCCUGCGAUUGGAAGGGCUGUCAAUACCGAACCGCCAAAGCAUAUCGUCUCGUCUCUCAUAAGCGCAAAGAGCACACAAAUGAGCGGCCGUUUGAGUGCGACAAAUGUCACCGAAAGUACUCCGACAGAGAGUACUUCCGCGAACAUCUGGCCAUUCAUGCCAUGAACGAGGAGACGGAGACCACACUUGGGAACCGAUUCGGCGACAGUGGCGACACCAGUCGGAGCGUCGAUGAGCGCUCUCAACGACAACAACAACAAAACGAUGGGCUCUUUGACUACAUCCGAGUGAUCGGCCGAAUACUGUGUCAAUGGGAUGAGUGCGGUAUGACUUUCCGCAAACCAAGCGAAAUGUGGCGACACUACCGGAUCAAACACACCACUAUCAGGCCAUACAAGUGUCCGCAGUGUCCGAAGGCGUACGCCUUUCUCAAAGACCUGACAAUUCACGAACCCGUUUGCCUGAGGAUCGGCGCACCCGAAGGCCACACCGUUGACGACCAAUCGGCCGGCGAUACAACGAAACAGAGCCACGAAUGUUGUAUAAACGAUUGCGAGCGGGUCUUCGACGACAAGGAAUCGCUGGACAGACAUAUGCGCGAUGACCACAAAUACAGACCCGUGACCCGCGAGGACAUUAAGAAGGGGUUCCGUUGUAAUUGGUCCGACUGUGACCACACGUUCACACUAUAUCGAGACCUGGAAAUGCAUCGCUUCAAAGAGCACACGAAGAAUAAGGCAUACGUGUGUCCCGAUUGCGGCACUCCUUUCCCGAUCGAGAAGUACCUAAAGCAACACCAGAGGGACAGUUGCUUUGCGGUGAUAACGAGAAAUAGGAAACGUAAAGCGACGCCGACUGAGGACACGGAUGACCACCAGUUGUCGCCAUCAAAAGUAAAAUGUAGACCACAAACGGCCAGCGCUAAUGAACAGGUCCUCUAUUGCCAAUACCCCGACUGCGGCCACGCGUGCGACACGCCAUCAGAGCUAAGGACACAUAUCGACGCUCAGCAUAUCGUCGAGAAGCCAUUCAAGUGCCAGAAGUGCGGCAAGAGUUUCGCCGUCGGCUACUAUUUGCGCAAACAUAUGAUCCGCAAUCACUAUAAGGUCGGGUCGUUGGCCGGCGGGUACGGCAGCGAUGAGGGC